AUGGACGAAACGAGUCCGCUCGUGUCUCCUCUGCGUGAUACCGUAGACUUCGGCGCUUUUCCCAGCGACCCGGCGAGUCCCCGCGGCGCCCCGGGCUCCGUGAUACGUGUCCCGGCGGGGAGUCCCGGCCGCAGCCGGGAGAGGCAGCCGCUACUGGACCGGGACCGGGGAGGGUCUCCUCGGGACCCCCACAGAAACGAGUUCCCGGAGGAUCCGGAGUUCAGGGAGAUCAUCCGUAAGGCGGAGAGAGCCAUAGAGGAGGGGAUCUACCCUGAGAGGAUCUAUCAGGGAUCCAGUGGGAGCUACUUCGUCAAAGACUCACAAGGGAAGAUCAUCGGUGUGUUCAAGCCGAAGAACGAGGAACCGUACGGUCAGCUGAACCCCAAGUGGACAAAGUGGCUGCAGAAGCUGUGCUGUCCCUGCUGCUUCGGUCGAGACUGCCUCGUCCUCAAUCAGGGCUACCUGUCUGAGGCUGGAGCAAGCCUGAUGGACCAGAAACUGGAGCUCAACAUCGUGCCAAGGACCAGGGUGGUGUAUUUAGCGAGUGAGACGUUUAACUACAGUGCCAUAGACAGGGUGAAGUCUCGGGGGAAGCGACUCGCCCUGGAGAAAGUGCCGAAAGUAGGGCAGCGUUUCCACAGAAUUGGAUUGCCGCCCAAGGUCGGCUCUUUCCAGCUCUUCGUAGAUGGUUAUAAAGACGCAGAUUUCUGGCUGCGGAAGUUCGAGGCCGAGCCGUUACCCGAAAACAACAACCGGCAGCUCCAGCUCCAGUUCGAGAGGCUCGUGGUGCUGGACUACAUCAUCAGGAACACGGAUCGAGGCAACGACAACUGGCUCAUAAAGUACGACUGCCCCAUGGACACGUCAGGGAACAGGGACAGUGACUGGGUGGUGGUGAAGGACCCCAUCAUUAAAAUAGCAGCCAUUGAUAACGGCCUGGCAUUUCCCCUUAAACACCCAGAUUCCUGGAGAGCCUACCCGUUCUACUGGGCGUGGCUGGUUCAGGCGAAGGUGCCGUUCUCUCAGGAGAUCAAAGAACUCGUCUUGCCCAAACUGUCUGACCCCAAUUUCAUCAAGGACCUGGAGGAGGACCUGUACGAGCUCUUUAAGAAAGAUCCCGGUUUUGACAGAGGCCAAUUUCACAAACAGAUCUCAGUAAUGAGAGGACAGAUCCUGAACCUGACUCAGGCCCUGAAGGACAGUAAAUCCCCCCUGCAGCUGGUUGAGAUGCCCCCCGUGAUCGUGGAGACGGCUCGGGCGCCGCAGCGUGCCAACAGCGAGUCCUACACGCAAAGUUUCCAGAGCAGACGACCGUUUUUCACAUGGUGGUGAUGCGUACCCUGGGUGGUGGGCGGAGCUAACCCGAGACAUGCUGCUCUUCCGCAUGAACUGCAUUUUGGGAAAGAGACAAUGUUUGAAUGACCGAAGCAGAGGAUCCACUUCCUUUUAGCCUUUUUUUUCCCCUCCCAGAAUCAAAUCUGUGAUUCUUGGAACAUUACUUUAAUAUAUGUACACUGACCUGCAACACUGAUUGCACAUCUACACACACACAACUCACCCCAUUAUACUAUAAUCACACUGGUGAUGGACGUGCAUGUAACCGUGCAGUUCUCUCUUACCUGCACUGUCUCCCUCUGGUGGUUUGGAGGAAGAAGUGCAUGUCCAUAACCACUGAACCUAAAACGUGUGUAACUGACAACAGUGCCAGACUUCUGUGUAGAGAUUUUCCUUCUUGCUCUCUCUCUCUCUCUCUCUCUCUCUCUCUCUCUCGCUCUCUCACACGCACACCUUUUUUUUUGUUGUUUUAAGAUCUUUGCAAACUUCUGUUGCAUUCUCCAGAGUCUUACAUUUUAUUCCACAUUCUGUAUUUUCUCCAUCACACGCAUGCAUCUCUCUGAUGCUGACUGAGCAUGUGCAGAAAAACUCCCUGUUUUUUCCCAGUUUUUUUAUUAUUAUUUAAUAAUGUUUUUUUUAUUAGCAUUAUGUUUUCUUCAAUGAUAUAAAGAAACUGACCCUAACAAUGUCAUGGCGAUGUAUGAUGCACUGUAUAAAUUUGUACGUAAUGUAAUUUAGCCAGAAAAUAUACGCUGUAACCGAAACAGUAAAUGGUUCCCAGAAGCUUGA